AACCAUCACUUGAUGUCUAGUCUCUCUGUUGGGGUGCACACGGAUUGACCACUCCUUUGGGCUUUUCUUUUAUCCUUGGAUAUUUGGGGGGGAAAAGCUAAUCCACAAACAUGACUGACGCGCAACAAGAGGCCCGCUCCUACCUGAGCGAGGAUAUGUUGACUGAGUUCAAGGCCGCCUUUGACUUGUUCGACACCGAUGGUGGCGGUGAUAUCAGCACCAAGGAGUUGGGUAACGUGAUGAGGAUGCUGGGUCAGAACCCGACAAGAGAGGAGCUGGAUGAGAUCAUCGAGGAGGUCGAUGAGGACGGUAGCGGCACCAUCGACUUCGAGGAGUUCUUGGUCAUGAUGGUGAGACUGAUGAAGGAGGACCAGGCCGGAAAGAGCGAGGAAGAGUUGUCAGACUGCUUCCGUGUGUUUGACAAGAACGGCGACGGUUACAUCGACAGAGAAGAGUUUGCCCUUAUCAUCCGCAGCACCGGCGAGGCCAUCUCAGAGGAGGAGAUCGAUGAGCUGCUGAAGGAAGGAGACAAGAACAGCGACGGCAUGCUGGACUUUGACGAAUUCCUCAAGAUGAUGGAGAAUGUGCAGUAGAACAAGAAAGACUCAUGGACAUUCCUCCACCCUUCUGUGAACCCCCAUUCUGACCCACUCCCUCCUUCUCCCUCUUGUCCACCUGGUUCACUGCCUUUCUUCUCCAUCCUUAUAGAAGUCCUCAACAGACAGCUAGAGCACCCAGUGGGGGGUCGCUGGCUGGGCAACAUCUUUCCCCUGGCUCGCUUGUAAAUGCAGACAUCCCCUAGAUGCCAUGCUGACACCCAGCCCUGUAACAGGACAGCAAGGCUGCAACAGGGGUUUUUUUCACUGCACACAGCUUUUGCAGUAUGCAUGGCAUGUCGUGUCAUCAGUGACCCCCUCCCCCUCUCUGCUGGUAAAGCUCUGAUCUAGAUGUAUUCUAGAUAGACGGGCAGCUUGUUACCUGCUGCUUAGACCAAUUAAUUCAAUCACUUCACUGUAUAAAGAAGUAAUUUGCUUGAAAUAAAUGAACUAACACAUGCUCA